UCUGUCUGUCUGUCUCUCUCUCUCAGCCAACGUCUCUUCUUCUCUUUCCCAGUAUUCUGCGAAAAGGCUCUCUCUCUGGUUGUAAAUGAUAAAUGGAGAGAGCCAUAUUGAAACAGACUCUCACACGUGUUUCGCACCCUCACAGCUCUUCUAUUGCUACUACUACUACUACUACUAUUUCUACUACAACUGCUACUAGCACCACUACCUCACCCAGAGAUGCUUCACGGACCAGCAUUCCUUCCAACAAGUGCAGCAUCAAAUCUCCUGGCCGUUCUUCAACCAAAAGAACUGCAGCUGCUACAGCAUCAAAGGCAGAGGAGAAGCGUAAGUCAAGGACACCAACAGCAGGGCUCCAAAACACCAAAGGGACACACGGCAACAGGCAUCAGACCCAACGAACUCACCACAAUGUUAAUAACCAUAGUAAUUACAGCAAUGAAGACAGAAACAAGGGCUACAAUGACAACGAUGUUUAUUAUGAUGAUGUUGGUGAUGACAGACAAACUUGGAUGGCAACUGCUGGAUCCCACGUAGUUGAAACCAACAGCUUUCCACCACAUACUUUAGGCAAUGGGCUUGCGACAAACUACUGUGAUCUGCAGAAAUCAGCUGUCAAUGGUGAGCCAUCAUACCUUCCGACACGAACUACAGCAGCAGUUACUUCACACGAGGCAGACCAACUGCAAUUGGUGCACCGGUUUAAGGAGCUGCGUCGUCAACAGAUACAGCAGCAAGAGAUGCUGAUGCAGCAACAGAAACAACAGCUACUGCUCCUCCGACAGGAAAUGGAACAACGACAGAAGGUUAUGGCCAACCUCCAUGCAGGUAAUAGUGGAGUUAUUAUUUAGCACAAUGACCGGAUGGCCACCACUCCUGUUGGACUGGUCUGC